UGGUGUUGCUGAUUGCUGGUGAUAGAAGAUCUGUUUUUGUCGUAGAGGAGACCGAUGGUGCUGCUGACAGACAGCUGAGGGAAAGAGGAAGGAAGAAGCGCGGAAAGAGGAUGGCGAAAAAAGUCAUCUUUACGGACAGUGCUAGCCCGUUUUGAUUUGAUUUGCGAGGCAGAAGAAAGGCGAGUUCGAGUUCGUCCAGGUGGACAACCGCACACAUCACAGGAGCUCAAGGAGGCUGGAAUGCGAAGGUAGAAAGAUGUGUCCCGUACAUUAAUUAACACAUGAUCGCCACCAGCCUGAGCCCAGGAUGCCCCUGCCGCCCCACGCCUGCUCAGCCGGAGCGGGGUUCGUCGCCACCGCCACCUUCUCCCACCUCUACCAGCUAUGCGCCAGCGCUGGGCGCUCGGCCCUCACCACGGGCCAGGCUGCGCACGCCCGUAUGCUUGUGUCCGGGUUCAUGCCCACCACGUUUGUCUCCAACUGCCUCCUCCAGAUGUAUGCCCGCUGCGGGGGCACCGCCCACGCGCACGGGGUGUUCGACACGAUGCCCCACCGGGACACGGUCUCGUGGAACACCAUGCUCACGGCGUACGUGCACGCGGGCGACACCGACACGGCCGCGUCCCUCUUCGGCACGAUGCCGGACCCAGACGUCGUGUCCUGGAACACGCUGAUCUCGGGCUACUGCCAGCACGGCAUGUUCCGGAACUCGGUGGGCCUGUCUAUGGAGAUGUCUCGCCGUGGUGUUGCCCUCGACAGGACGACGCUCGCUGUCCUGCUCAAGUCAUGCGGUGGCUUGGACGACCUGGCGCUUGGUGUUCAGAUCCAUGCGCUGGCGGUGAAGACGGGCCUGGAGACGGAUGUCCGGGCCGGUAGCGCUCUCGUCGACAUGUAUGGCAAGUGCAGGAGCUUGGAUGACGCGCUGCGCUUCUUUCAUGGAAUGGGUGAGAGGAAUUCGGUCUCGUGGGGUGCGGCGAUCGCUGGGUGUGUUCAGAACGAGCAGUACACACGGGGGAUGGAGCUGUUCGUGCAGAUGCAGAGGUUGGGGCUUGGAGUCAGCCAGCCGGCUUAUGCCAGUGCCUUUAGAUCCUGUGCAGCAAUGCCAUGUCUGAGCACCGCUAGGCAGUUGCAUGCGCAUGCCAUCAAGAAUGUUUUUAGCUCUGACCGUGUUGUUGGGACAGCAAUUGUGGACGUGUAUGCGAAGGCUGGUAACUUGGUUGAUGCAAGAAGGGCAUUCAUUGGUUUGCCUCACCAUAAUGUGGAGACAUGCAAUGCCAUGAUGGUUGGGCUUGUGCGCACAGGGCUAGGAGCUGAGGCCAUGCAACUGUUUCAGUUCAUGACCAGGUCUGGUGUUGGGUUUGAUGUAAUUAGCUUAUCAGGUGUUUUCAGUGCUUGUGCUGAGGUUAAGGGGUACUUUCAAGGGUUGCAAGUACACUGCUUAGCAGUUAAAUCAGGUUUUGAUGUGGAUGUUUGUGUCAGAAAUGCAAUUCUGGAUCUAUAUGGGAAGUGCAAAGCAUUAGUAGAAGCAUACCUUGUAUUCCAGGAGAUGGAGCAAAGAGAUUCGGUCUCUUGGAACGCUAUUAUUGCAGCUCUCGAGCAAAAUGAGUGUUAUGAGGAUACUAUAGCUCAUCUAAAUGAAAUGCUGCGCUCUGGUAUGGAACCUGAUGAUUUCACGUACGGCAGUGUUCUUAAGGCUUGUGCAGGUCUACAAUCUUUGGAAUAUGGGUUGGUGGUUCAUGGCAAAGCUAUCAAGUCUGGACUUGGUUUAGAUGCUUUUGUUUCAAGCACUGUUGUUGACAUGUACUGCAAAUGCGGCGCGAUAACAGAGGCUCAGAAACUCCAUGAUAGAAUUGGGGGGCAAGAACUUGUUUCGUGGAACUCCAUCAUAUCAGGUUUUUCACUCACCAAACAGAGUGAAGAGGCACAGAGAUUCUUCUCAGAGAUGCUAGACAUGGGUGUAAAACCUGACCAUUUUACUUACGCCACCGUUCUUGACACUUGUGCUAAUCUGGCUACCAUUGAGUUGGGGAAACAGAUCCAUGGUCAGAUUAUCAAACAGGAAAUGCUUGGAGACGAAUAUAUCUCCAGCACUCUUGUAGACAUGUAUGCCAAGUGUGGGAACAUGCCAGACUCGCUGCUAAUGUUCGAGAAGGCGCGGAAACUGGAUUUCGUAUCAUGGAACGCCAUGAUAUGUGGCUACGCGCUCCACGGCCAGGGACUUGAAGCCCUGGAGAUGUUUGAGAGGAUGCAGAGAGCAAAUGUGGUGCCGAACCACGCGACUUUCGUCGCAGUUCUGCGGGCAUGCAGCCAUGUCGGCCUGCUGGACGAUGGAUGCCAGUAUUUCCAUCUGAUGACAAGCCGCUACAAACUGGUUCCUCAACUGGAACACUUUGCUUGCAUGGUGGAUAUACUGGGACGCUCAAAGGGCCCACAGGAAGCCCUAGAAUUUAUCAGAAGCAUGCCUAUUGAGGCAGACGCUGUCGUAUGGAAGACUCUGCUAAGCAUUUGCAAGAUCCGUCAAGACGUCGAAGUGGCCGAAACUGCCGCUAGCAAUGUCCUACGGCUAGACCCAGACGACGCGUCGGUUUACAUUCUUCUCUCUAACGUAUACGCUGGAUCCGGGAAAUGGGUCGAUGUUUCAAGGACCAGAAGGCUAAUGAGGCAGGGACGGCUGAGAAAGGAACCUGGUUGUAGCUGGAUCGAGGUGCAAUCCGAGAUGCACGGUUUCCUUGUCGGCGAUAAGGUUCAUCCCAGGUCGAAGGAGGUGUAUGAGAUGCUGAAUAGUCUAAUCGGUGAGAUGAAACUCUCUGGAUAUGAACCUGCAUCAGCAUUGUUUGCUGAGGUUGAAGAAGAGGAGAGUACAUCCGAGCAAGAUGACUUGGUUAGAGUCGUUGGUGGUUAAUCUGUUGUUUUGUGUUGAAGUGUCAAUACCGUUAUGAAGCUUUGACCUUCUGUGUAAAUUUGGUAGAUGCUUUCAACUGAGAAGGAAAAACAUGACACUGGAGUCAUAUUCGUGUGAGAACUGUAUAUGGCAACGGGAGGAAACUCUUUAUCA